AUGUAAAAAAGCUAACGUUUAAGUUCCUUGCUCAGAACAUGAGAACAUAUGAAAGCUGGUGGUUCCUUUUAACAUGGGUCUUCAAUUUUCCCAGGUAAGAGGUUUUUAGGUUGUAGUUAUUAUAGGAAUUAUAGGACUAUUUCUCUCUAUACGAUUUGUAUUUCAUAUACCUUUGACUAUUGGAUGUUCUUAUAGGCACUUUAGUAUUGCCAGUGUAACAGUAUAGUUUCCGUCCCUCUCCUCGCCCCUACCUGGGCUCGAACCAGGAAUACAUCGACAACAGCCACCCUCGAAGCAGCGUUACCCAUGCAGAGCAAGGGGAACAACUACUCCAAGUCUCAGAGUGAGUGACGUCACCGAUUGAAACGCUAUUAGCGCACACCCCGAGUAGAUAGGCUUGAAGUCAUAAACAGCGCAAUGCUUGAAGCAUUGCGAAGAGCUGCUGUCAAACGCACGAAAGUGCUGUUUGAAUGAAUGCUUACGAGCCUCCUGGUGCCUACCAUCGCUCAGUCAGACUGCUCUAUCAAAUCAUAGACUUAAUUAUAACAUAAUAACACACAGAAAUACGAGCCUUUGGUCAUUAACAUGGUCGAAUCCGGAAACUAUCAUUUCGAAAACAAAACUUUUAUUCUUUCAGUGAUAUACGGAACCGUUGAAAUGUCUAAAUAUGGCUCUUACAUUGUACAACCUUCAAUGUUAUGUCAUAAUUAUGUACAAUUCUGGCAAAUUAAUUACGGCCUUUGUUAGGAAUAAAUGGACUUCACACAGUUCGCAAUGAGCCAGGCUGCCCAACUGCUGUAUAUACCCUGAACACAAGAGAAAUGACACAAUUUCCCUAGUUAUAAGAAAUUCACGUUAGCAGGCAAUAUUAACUAAAUAUGCAGGUUUAAAAAUAUAUACUUGUGUAUUGAUUUUAAAGAAAGGCGUUGAUGUUUAUGGUUAGGUACAUUGGUGCAAUGACAGAUCGUUGUCCAAAUAUACAGGUUACCGAUUGUUAUGAAAACUUGAAAUCGGCCCUAAUUAAUUGGCCAUUCCGAUUGAUCGGUCGACCUCUAAACCUAAUAAUACUCAAAAUAGUUGUAUUGCCAAUGCAAAAUACUAGGUGAAUAUAGAUAGAGCUCAUUCAAGUUCCAGAGUUCAGAAAGGGUGAGCCGUGCUUUGUACUGCACACCUGGAGCUUAAUGCUCCCCCUUGGCAGGUAUUUCACCAUAACUCCAUUGUCCGGGCACACACACACACACACACUGCACAACUGAUCCCUCCCCGGAGCAGAGGUGGGGACAGGUGUGACCCCUCCGGUUGACAUGACACAUGUGAGCAGUGUGAUUUACCACAGAACACAGGGCCACAAGAAUGUUCUGUGAAUACUGAAUAAACUCGUAGACCUAGGAUUCAUCCGCAACAUGUCCAAUGUGCAAAUGUAGCUUCUGAGAGAAAGGGAAGAUGGUUGUUAUAGUAUUUGAGAUGGUGUGCUGUAGCAGUUUAUUGUACUUAAAGAACGACUGCCCCUGUGGAAUCGAUAUGAGUCAGAAACAAAAUUGACAAAGUGUAAAUAAGAUCAUUUGGGUCAUAAAGUCAGUCUUGUCUAAAGCAGAGUUUGGAACCUCAGUGUAUCAGUGAGUAAAUGAUUACAAAUAUAUAAACAAAUCAUGGCCCAUUUUGCCAAGCUCCACGUGCAAUUCGCCCCUCUGCCCACUCGGCUUCCCUUCAUUGAAUGGGGCUCCGUUGUUUCAUUGCCCCCAACGCGUUCCAAGGACGGCAGACUGAAAAUCCUUAUACGGAUUGACCAUGCCUGUUCUACAGAUGGAGAGGACUGUAGAUGCGUUUGCCAGUCUCGGUCGUUUGAUGGGGAGACCAUAAUUGGGAUUUGCUAUGUCCAGUUUCCUGGGUGUGAGUGUUUGGUUCUUGCUUGUCCUUCACUAUGUGGCUGCAGUGAUGGACUGCCACCCAGGUUGUCGCUGUGAAGUCGAGAGCUUCGGCCUGUUCCACAGCUUCAGCCUGACCCGGGUCGAUUGUAGUGGGGUGGGCCGUGGUCAUGGCCUGGUGGUCCCCAUCUCCAUCCCCCUGGACACCUCCUCCCUAGACCUGUCCUCCAGCGCCAUCCACACCAUCGCUGACUCCAUGCUGUCUGGCCCGGGCUACACCACGCUGGCCAGCCUGGACCUCAGCAACAACCUCCUCUCCAGGCUCAACAGCAGCAUCUUCUCCAGGCUGCGCUACCUGGAGACCUUGGACCUGAGCCACAACACCCUGGAGGAGCUGGCCCCCGGCUGCUUCUCUGGCUUGCCCCUGGCCGACGUGGACCUGAGUGGCAACAGGCUCCAGGAGGUCAACCUAGAGGUCUUUUCCAACAAGGGCCACGGUGCAGGACCUCUCAAUGUGGACCUGUCUAACAACCUGCUGAACACUGUCAUGACUAGGGAUCCACAGGUGCUAAGCCCUCCUAACAUUCAGAGCCUCAGUCUGGCAGGGAAUCGUCUGAGGGCCGUGCCCAAGCUGCAGGGUCUCCCUCUGAGGUCUCUGAGCCUGGACGGCAACCCCAUCCUAAGCAUCGAAAGGCACAGCUUCACAGGGCUAAGGGAUCUGGCUUACCUGUCUCUCAGUGGACUGUCUGAGCUCACCUCCAUCCAGCUCCAAAGUUUCAGUGAGCUGAGCAGCCUGCAGGUCCUGGACCUGUCCCACAACAGCAGGCUGAGACCACUUAACCCUGAGGUGUUUAGCGGACUGGCUGCCUUACAGGAGCUCAACCUGUCCAACUCAGGGGUGGUGUCUCUGCCCAGCAACAUUCUCCACCUCCUGCCCAGCAUCAAAAGCAUCGUUCUCAGGGAGAAGGUAAACUGUUGGAAGACCCAUAGACAGGUGCAGUUCCACAGACAGAUAGGAGGACAGUCAACAAGGGGGGAGGAAUUGACCUGUGAUGUCAUAGGAAUUGUUUUAUGAGUCUGCCGGCCUUAACAGGUUGGUCAAAAUGAAGAAGGUGGAGAAGCAGUGAGAGCCUCACAGUGAAAUCAGCUUAUACAGUAAUCACACUAUAUUUCAAAAUUCAGUCCUCAGAUUUGUGCAUCAUCAUCAAGGGUUGCACUCAAUUUCAAAAUAUAGCUUUUGUUCCACUGCUUCAAGGGAGUGUGCAAUAAAAUACCAGUGUAGAACAGUGGCCAUGGGCUAAUAAAUUAUGCUGGCAACUGAACUAACCAUCUUGAUAACAUGACAACGUGUGAUGAUUUACAAGGACAAAGUCAGAAAUGAUUACCUGAACUUGUUUUGUAGUUUUCAAUCCCUUUUCUAUUUUUUAACGAAUUCAACUGAACUAAAUAAUGACAAUUCAUACAGUGUUAUGAUGCAUUAAUGUCCAUCAAACUGUUUUAGAGGGCCUCAUAUUGUUAAACAUUACAACAAUUUCUGCUGGCAGAUAAUACCUUUUGAUUACUUGACAAAAAAUGUUUUUAAUAACAUUAGAAAUAUGUUUUUGCAACAUUUUCUACAGUAUUGCCUUGGACAUAUAUUGUGUUGUGUAUAUGAAGUCUGUCAACUAUUGUUAAUGACUGAAACAGAGACAUGUAUUUUGAAUAAAAUGGAUGCAACACAA